AUGCCUCUUGCAAAGGAUUUACUCCACCCUUCCUUGGAAGAAGAGAAGAGGAAGUGCAAACUUAAACGCUUAGUGCAGAGCCCAAAUAGCUACUUCAUGGAUGUCAAAUGUCCAGGAUGCUACAAAAUUACAACAGUGUUCUCGCAUGCACAGACAGUAGUUUUGUGUGUGGGGUGUUCAACUGUUCUCUGCCAGCCAACUGGUGGCAAGUGCAGACUGACAGAAGGAUGUUCUUUCAGAAAGAAGCAACACUAA